GCCGACUGGUAUAUAUUUUAUAUACAGACGACGGCGGCCGAAUACUUCGGCAUCAUACUCUGCUCGCGGGUUUCGGGUGCUAACACGUUUUCCGUUCACCACAGAUUCAUAUUUUCAUAUAAUUUUGCGAAUUGUUUGUGCUUUUAUUAUUGCUAUAAUUGAAAUUGUAGCACACAAAUUGUGUGGUUUCUCGCUGCAUUUGUUUGUACACGGAUAUAUUAAUUAACGCAAGAAAAUAUGGAUCACCAAAAGCUGACGGAGCUGUUGCGUGCAACAAUUGAUCCUAAUCCCGAACAGAGGAAGGCGGCAGAAGACCAAUUGGCACAGGUUUAGGAAUACAACUAAUUCUAACAUGAUUGUGUGGGUCCUGACAUUUUUAAAGUAAGCUAUAUGGGUAUCGUGACCGAUAUUGAUUUCCUGCCAUAUACAACAUUGUCUUAUGCAAAUGGACCAGCAUUUUCAAAAUUCUUUUAUUCCUCUCCGAGGUCCGAUAUGGAUAACUCAGAAAAUGGCUUACUUUUCAAUACGAACGAUCAUGUAGUCAAACGUUAUGAUGUAAGAAAAUUUUCAAAUAUUGAUGGCAAAGAUUUUCAAUACCCGGCGGCCGCGCCUAUGAUUGAUGAAACACAUGGUGGUGGUGACGUUGCGAUCUAUUCCAGCGGUCCAUGGUCCCAUUUAUUUACUGGAGUAUUAGAACAGAAUGUACUGCCAAUAUUUAUGUCAUUCGCUGCUUGCAUCGGCCCAGAUGAAUUAAAUUCUUGCAAUUAUUUUAAAAAUAAAUAAAUAUUAUUUAUAAUCUGUAAAGUUUGUAAGAUAAAUUAAAAUACAGAAAAAUAUAAUUUUUGUUGGUUUAUUAAUAACUAAAA